UCAAAGCCUUUGGAUGUUUGCUUUCUCUUCUCUGCAAAUUUCAUCUUCCUCGAAGUCGAUUCUUUCAAAAUCUUCUUCUUACUUUUGAUAUAAGAAUCUUGUGGACAAUUCUUCGCUUCGAUCUGAUUCUUUUACCAUAGGCAAUCUGAGAAAUCGAUUGCAACUUUCUUCCGAGAUCUAUGAAUUCUUCUUUGGAUUUGGAGUUCCCUCCGGCUAACCUCCUCCGAGAUCCGGCGACGGAGUCGAGUGGCAGUGAGGCGGAAGUGUCGGUGGUAUCGGAUUGUGAAAGCAGUGUUUCUGGGUCUGCUUGUGAUCAUCGGCCGUCGUUCGCCGACGAGAACGGGCUGAUAGAGUUGCCGGAGGGGGAUAAGAUUCACGAUCUCGUCAAGAGACGGUUGGUUUCUUGUUUGGGCUCGAUCGGUGAGGUAGUCUCCGUCCUCAGGAAUGGAUUCCGGAGCGCGAAUCGGCGGGCGAAGCUUCAUGCGUUUCAUGUGUAUGCAAAGGCGGUGGAGCAGAAACAUGGCGGCGUUGGGAACGUGAAGUAUGGUUGGUGUGCCGUGAAGAGGGAUGAGGUCGGAGAGAUUCUCGAGCACGGGUUCAACGCGCCCAGUGACGGCGGUUUCUUCGGACGCGGCCUGUAUCUCUCGCCCGAUAAUGCUCCUCAAGAGAGUCUGAGGUGUUCGGCUGCUGAUGGAGAUGGGAUGCGGUUCUUGUUGCUCUCCCGGGUGAUUCUUGGGAAGUCGGAAGUGGUUCGUCCGUAUUCAGGCCGGUCCUGUCCCAGCUCUCCAGAGUUCGAUUCAGGGGUUGACAAUUUACAGUCUCCGAGGAAGUAUGUUGUCUGGAGCACCCACAUGAACACCCAUGUCUUGCCCGAGAUCCUUGUCUGCGUCAAAGCUCCAGCUAACUUGGGAAGUUUGCUUAGUGCCUCGGAAUCGGAUGGCCCAAAGAGACCGAAUUCGCCUUUCAUUCCAUUCCCGGCAUUACUCUCUCAAGUAUCGAAGUUUCUGUCGCCGUAUGAGAUGCGUCUGGUUAUGAAGCACUAUAGCGAUCAGAGAGGGGGAAAAAUCUCAAGGUUUGAGUUGGUUCAACGGAUCAGACGGCUGACUGGAGAUGAGUUACUGAAAGAGAUCAUCUCCACUUUCAGAGAUAAGGCGGUGCGGAUUCUAUCAAGAGCUGAAAAUGUACAGCGCGGCUAAAGGAAUAGAAGAUGAUUACAUAGGAUACGAUACGCAGAUCUCUUUACUCAGACCAAGGGAGCCAUGUGAAUAGGGGUUUGUGCUUCUGACAAAUGAUCGAGGAAUCGGGUUCUUUUUCAGUUUCUGUCAAACAAAAGUUGUUGUAUUCUUGACGCAGAAUGUAAUAUCUCAAAUGCUUUCAGACAACACCCUUCUUGUUCAA